UGUUAUUAUUAUUAUUAGUAAUAAUAUAUAUUUAUAUGUAUAUAUUGUCCUUGAUGCUGCGUCACUUGAUGAUGUCGCCCGCCCGGAGGUCUUAGCAGCUCGACUACCCUCUCGUUUCCCCGCACGUCUCUGACCCGCAGCCCCAAUGAUGACGAUGAGCUCAAUAUCGGACUCUCUGGUCCCGCCUGAUCCGUCCAAGUCGGCCUUUUUGGAAUUCGGCGGCCACGGCUUCCCCGGACACCAGCAGCCCUCGCCGGGCUUUUCCCACAACCAUUACCCGGUGCACGGUCUUCACGCGCAGCAUGACGGGCCCUUCGCCCCCGGUGCGUCAUCGUACGGUCGCCCGUUGGGAUACCCGUCCUACCACAGCCCGGUGGGCGCACACCACCCCGGGGCCUAUCUGCCCUACCAGCACGGGGGGCACGGAGGCCCGCUGGGCCACAGCAGGCUGGAAGAUACAGAACACGAGAAGCCGACCACGGUGAUAGAGAACGGGGAGGUGAGGCUGAACGGCAAAGGCAAAAAGAUCAGGAAGCCUCGGACCAUCUACUCCAGUCUGCAGCUCCAGGCCCUCAACCAGCGAUUCCAGCAAACCCAGUACCUGGCCCUGCCUGAGCGGGCCGACCUGGCAGCCAAACUGGGCCUGACGCAGACCCAGGUGAAAAUCUGGUUCCAAAACAAGAGGUCCAAGUACAAGAAAAUCAUGAAGAACGGACCAUGUGGACCUGAGGGGGAACACCUGGCCCCCCCCCCACCCUCCUCCUCCUCCUCCCCCUGCUCACUCUGGGACAUCGGCAUGGCCGCCAAAGGGGCCGCAGUGCAUUCUGGGGGAUAUAUGAACAAUUUCGGACACUGGUACCCGCCACACCAGCAGGACUCCAUGCCAAGGACUCAGAUGAUGUGACGACAGGUCCGGCGGCCAUGAUGGAUUUUUGGCAGGAUUGGCGAACGGAGCCGUCGCUCAAACUGUUUAGCGCCUCUGGAGGCAAAAAAAAAAAAAUGGUCGCAAAUUUGGGGCAAAAGAAAUCUGAGCAGCAAGGUUUUUAUUUUUAGAACACAACACAGAUGAAUCACAAAAUAUUUUUUUAUGUCUAAAAAAACUUUGUCCACUGCCUUGGAACAGGACGGCCUUCAUAACUAAAUAUAUA